GUUAGGAAUCUAGGCAUGGGAGAAGAUACAUUAGAUGGAUCUUCAGUUUUAGAGUCUCAUGGGGAUGUAAAGUGUCAGCCAGGUCUGGAAUCUCACAUAAGAAUGGUUGACUGGGGAAGUCUCUGCUUCCAAGGUGCCUUAGCUGGACCAAUUAUUGUGGAGCCACAUGUCACAGCAGUAUGGGGAAAGAAUGUUUCAUUGAAAUGUUUAAUUGAAGUAAAUGAAACCAUAACACAAAUUUCAUGGGAGAAGAUACAUGGCAAAAGUUCACAGACUAUUGCAGUUCAUCAUCCUCAAUAUGGAUUCUCUGUUCAAGGAGAAUAUCAGGGAAGAGUCCUGUUUAAAAACUAUUCACUUAACGAUGCAACAAUUACUCUACAUAACAUCGGAUUCUCUGAUUCUGGAAAAUACAUAUGCAAAGCUGUUACGUUCCCACUUGGAAAUGCCCAGUCCUCUACAACUGUAACUGUGUUAGUUGAACCCACUGUGAGCCUGAUAAAAGGGCCAGAUUCUUUAAUCGAUGGAGGAAAUGAAACAGUAGCAGCCAUUUGUAUCGCAGCCACUGGAAAACCAGUUGCACAUAUUGACUGGGAAGGUGAUCUUGGUGAAAUGGAAUCUAUUACAACUACCUUUCCAAAUGAAACAGCAACAGUUGUCAGCCAGUACAAGCUGUUUCCAACGAGAUUUGCUAGAGGAAGGCGGAUUACUUGUGUUGUAAAACAUCCAGCCUUGGAAAAGGAUAUCCGAUACUCUUUCAUGUUAGAUAUACAAUAUGCCCCUGAAGUUUCAGUAACCGGAUAUGAUGGAAAUUGGUUUGUAGGGAGAAGAGGUGUUAAUCUAAAGUGCAAUGCUGAUGCAAAUCCACCACCAUUCAAAUCUGUGUGGAGCAGAACUAUUGUUACUAUGAAUAUAUAUUCAUUAACUGUGCUGUCUUUUCAACUUGCUGCUGAAUUAGCCUACAUUGACAUUCUUUGCUUUUCUGUGUCUUGUCUAUCUUUACUGUUUCCAUUAGAUCCUCCUACUACUACCACCCUUCAGCCUACAAUUCAUUGGCAUCCCUCAACUGCUGUCACCGAGGAUCUAGCAACAGAACCUAAAAAAUUGCCUUUCCCAUUGUCAACUUUGGCAACAAUUAAGGAUGACACAAUUGGCACAGUCAUUGCUAGUGUAGUUGGGGGGGCUCUUUUCAUAGUACUUGUGAGUGUUUUGGCUGGAAUAUUCUGCUAUAGGAGAAGACGGACGUUUCGUGGAGACUAUUUUGCCAAGAACUACAUUCCACCAUCAGAUAUGCAAAAAGAAUCACAAAUAGAUGUUCUUCAACAAGAUGAGCUUGAUUCUUACCCAGACAGUGUAAAAAAAGAAAACAAAAUUCCAGUGAACAAUCUUAUACGAAAAGACUAUUUAGAAGAGCCUGAAAAAACUCAGUGGAACAAUGUAGAAAAUCUCAAUAGGUUUGAAAGACCAAUGGAUUAUUACGAAGAUCUAAAAAUGGGAAUGAAGUUUGUCAGCGAUGAACAUUAUGAGGAAAAUGAAGAUGACUUAGUUUCACAUGUAGAUGGUUCCGUAAUUUCCAGGAGGGAGUGGUAUGUUUAGCGACCACUAAAUGUGACUUAACUAUGUACAAUGUUUCAUUCAUACUAGUUGAUCAUUUUCAGAUUGUUCAUACUUUUUCUUGAGGAAGAAUAAGCUUUUUCAAGUUGAUUUUCGAGCUUUUUAUAUUCUAAUCUGACAAAUGAAAAUGUAAAAUCUGGGUUCAAUGUAUCUGAGCUGCUUUACAAUUUUUUUCAAUGCUGUACUACUGUCUCAAGAUUUAAAUUUUAAUGCAGAGUACUUUAUUGGUCUGAGGCACACAGGUAAGAAGAAAUGUCAACGUUAAAUGUGUGACGUUUUUGGUACAAAAAUUAAAAAAAAAACAACAAAAAGAAACUACCUUGGCAUUGUGUAUUAAAUGUUUACCUAAGACUAUAAUCUCAAGUAUAAUGUUUGUUAAACAUAUACCUCUUAAAAUUUAUCACCACUAAAUGAUACUACAUCAAAAUUGACUAUAAAGGCAAUUCAAAAUAUGUUUAUAUAUAUUUUUAGUAUACUAAAAAUAUUCAGCCUGAUGGAACAUCUUUCCUUUUCAAACAUUAUUUUCUAAGUUUCUAUACAAAUGAAAUCUUUACCUCUGCAUUUUAAUGAGCCUUGCCAUAAUUACUGUAGAAUGGCUUUUCAAAGAUAUUUUGUUGCACUAAAACUGUGGUAGUAAACUCCAUCAACAUGAUGUGUGAAAGAAUAUCAUCAGCUGGUCAUUUUUUUGUCUCAUAUACAUAGAAGAGUAAUAAAAUACAUGCCUUCUAAACAUGAUAAUUAUUACAGUUUUUGUCAUCUCUGUGAGACAGUUCUUAAAUUGUCCUGUGAACAUGAAUUUUGGUACAUUAAGCAGUAGCCUUAUUUUAAUGCUUUAUACAAAUAGUUUAAAUAUACAAAUAGUAAUGAACAUAUGGUACACUAAAUACAGAACAGAAAAGGCAUUUCAUUAUACCGGCAUACCAGUUUUAGAGAUGAGGUAUUUCAGCCAGGAAUCUGUACAAAGGAUUUUCUACACCAUCUUGUUUAAGUUAUUUAAUGUUGAUGUUGUUCAAACGGGUAAAUGUAUAGGAAAAAAAUUAAACUUGGAAACUUGGAAUUUAACUAGAAAAUUUUGAAUUACAGAACCAAUUGGUAAUAUUUUCUGAUGAAUAUUGGCAGUCCAUCCCCUUUUCCUCUUAUUUCCUCCUAAAUGUAUGUAUGUGUUUUAAGAUUUUUCUUUCUCCAAUUAAAACUGGAAACAUCAUGAGGGGUUUUUUUUGUUUUGUUUUGUUUUGGUUUGGUUUUUUGUUUGUUUGUUUGUUUUACAGAAUUCAUUAAGUGUAUUCUUUCCAGAAUCAUGUAUCUUUUGAGAAAGAAAUGUUAUUUAAAUAUUGAAAUGUGAAUCAUCUUUGGGAGGUAAAUGACUUCUACAGUGGAAUUCUAUAAAUUUGUAAUCAUAAAGACAGCUGUUUUGAGGUCCAAAGAAUGUGUUUUGAUGAUUCAUUAGAAAAAAAAAAAAAAAGACUGUGUAGAAUAAAUGUUUUACCAGGGCAGUGAAGUAGAAGUAGAAUCAUUAGGAGAAUCACAAAUCAAAUAAAUUUUUUUUAACAAAAAGGUGAAGUAGGUACUUUAUUAACCCUCCCAACCACCCAUGCUUCCCAAUCCUUAUCAAAUCAAAAAGUGAUAUAGAAGGCAAAAUUCUUACAUGCAAGUAGUGAAAACGUUAUUUUAAAUAAUAAUAAUAAUAAACCAGUUUUCUUUAGGAGUAUUUGCAUAAAUUAGAAAUUCUUCCCUAAUACUUAUAAGUCUAUAAUAUCAGGUUAAGGAAUAAAGUUAAGUUCAUGGUUACCUUGUUUAAAAUGUCUGUGUUUUAAUAUAGUUUAACCACUUACAUGCAGAUACUAAGACUUCUUAGUCUAAGUCAUUGGAAGGAAAUGUUAAUAAUACAAUGUGAUUGAAAUAACUUUAUUUUUAAUUUAAAUAUCAGAGAUAUCAGCCACAAGAAAGAUAGGUCUAAAAUUUCUUCUCAUAAAAAUGUAAAUUUGUAAAUUUGUGGCUUUUUUGAUCAAAAUUAUCUUUAUAAAUAAGGGUUGGAAAUGCUGUAUGAAUAUGAGCUGAAUAGUCAUGUUUAGAAUUUUAUGUAAAUCUCAAUCUGAGUAUAAUCUGAAAGAAAUAGCAAUGUAUUUCAAGAACUGUUUUUCAAAAAUAUCUCCUUACUGAUUAUAACCUUUUUACUUUGUCGUCUUAUGGGUUAGUUUUUUUUGUUUUGUUUUUGUGGGAGAAGGCAACUUGAAAACAUAGAAGUGAGUAUUUGAUAUGUUCUGUAUCCUUAAUCUGAAUCAUGUGGCAUACCAAAAGGUUUCAAAGUUUUAGGAAUCCUAUACUGGUGCUUAAGAUGUUUUGGAAGCAUUGCACUGUUGCUUAUUAGAGGUUUAUGUAUAUAUGGUACUGUACAUAGGGAAUGGUUUGUAAACAUAAAUAGUUAUAUGAAAUAAACAUUUUUGUUAAAUUAA